GCCCGCGCCGCCCCCGCGUGCGCGCGCGCUCCGGCCCCCCGCGGCCGGGGGUCGCGCCGAGGGGCCUGCGUGGGCUCGGCCCCGCCCUGCGGAGCCGCGGGGAAGGGCCCGGGCUGCGCCCCGAAACCGCCGGGCGGGCUGCGCCCCGAAACCGCCGGCUCCCGGCGGGCCGCGCCCCGAACUGGGGGAAGUGCUUUAAGAAAACAAGUUUGGGCUGAGACCACGAGUACACUUUGCCUUAAUAACUGGCUGCAGAGACCCUUCGGUGAUGGCCUCUAAUUUUAAGAAGACAAACAUGGCAUCCAGUGGCCAGAGAAAAAGGAUGAGCCCUAAGCCUGAACUUACUGAAGAACAGAAACAGGAAAUCCGGGAAGCUUUUGAUCUCUUUGAUGCUGAUGGAACUGGAACUAUAGACAUCAAGGAACUAAAAGUGGCAAUGAGGGCCCUGGGCUUUGAACCCAAGAAAGAAGAAAUCAAGAAAAUGAUAAGUGAAAUUGAUAAGGAAGGGACAGGAAAAAUGAACUUUAGUGACUUUUUGACAGUAAUGACUCAGAAAAUGUCUGAGAAAGACACCAAAGAAGAAAUCCUGAAAGCCUUCAAGCUCUUUGAUGAUGAUGAAACUGGAAAAAUAUCCUUUAAAAAUCUGAAACGUGUGGCCAAGGAGCUAGGUGAGAAUCUGACUGAUGAGGAGCUGCAGGAAAUGAUCGAUGAGGCUGAUCGAGAUGGAGACGGAGAGGUCAGUGAGCAGGAGUUCCUGCGCAUCAUGAAGAAGACCAGCCUCUACUGAGACCAGGUUUCCUUUUCUCUGCAAGCACAUGUGACUAGAUUUAGUGUCGGCCAUUUCGUGAAAUACGGCUUUUGAUAGCCUCCCCCAACCUCUGCGGUAAUUUUAGCCGUGACCUUGAAUCUAUUUUUGACCUUUGGACGUGUUCUUUGAUACUGAGUUCUUUGUACAUUGGCCUGCUGGCUAAUUCAACAGGGCAGAGCAGGAGCGUGUAGAGCGGGUCUGAAAGUGUGGCGCUCCAUCUUCCCUGGCUUCACGUUGCUCACCCGUUUCCAUAUGGCUACACACACACAGUGGCUUCUUAGGUGUCCAGUGGUUUCAGCUUUUAGUUGACACCACAGUUUUGUUGUCUUAUAACACUCAGCGAAUGCUUGCCAGGACAUUUGGAUGGUGUUCAUACAUUUGUUUUGUCUUUAAAAACAAAACCUUUCUUAAUUAAACAAGAAAAAGAAAACACGUUUGACUCUUCCACGAGCCCCUUCCUUGUGUUGGUGUGACUUGCUUUGCCUAUAAAAGGAGCCGUUGAAUAAACUCAGGGCUGCAGUAUUCACUGACAGUCUCCCGAAUCUA